CGCCCCAGGCCCGCAGGGUGCCAACCCCAGAGUUGAAAUGUGAGCCCGGGUGGCCCAGGCCUCCGUAGCGGCCCCCGCACCCGCACCGGAGCUCCUCCGGGAGGGACAAAGAGACCUCCGCCCCAGCGGAGCGGGGCGCGGGCCGCCGGGGCUCCUUUCUCCAUCUGACCGCCCUCUGUCCCCUCCAUCCCCUUCCCGUUCCGGGCUCUCCCUUCGCUCCCAGCCAACCCUAGCUCCAGUCUGUCUGUCUGUCUGGCCUGGCGCGCAACCUCCGGCCACCGGCUUGGAUGGACGCGCGGAGGCUACUCAGGGGUCCAGGGGUCUUGCUUCCAAAGUUGGUUCUGCUCUUUAUCUACGCAGACGACUGCCUGGCUCAGUGUGGCAAAGACUGCAGGUCUUACUGCUGCGAUGGGACCACGCCCUACUGUUGUUCCUACUACGCCUAUAUCGGGAAUAUCCUCUCGGGCACAGCGAUUGCUGGCAUCGUGUUUGGAAUCGUAUUUAUCAUGGGCGUCAUUGCUGGAAUUGCCAUCUGUAUCUGCAUGUGCAUGAAAAACAACCGCGGGCCCCGGGUGGGAGUCAUCAGCACCGCGCACAUCAACGCCAUCGCUUCCUAUCCUGCGCCACCGCCCCCCUAUAGUUGCGACCAUGAGAUGGAAUUCCGUGCGGAACUGCCUCCUCCCUACUCCCCGACCCCACCAGCUUCAGCACAGAGGUCUCCACCCCCUCCUUAUCCUGGACACGCAAGAAAAUAAUCCUUCUCCUCCCAGAACAAAAUAUGUGCCAGCCGCAGAUCUUGCCCAGAAUAGAAAGCCUCUGCUCGGAAACAGACAGGAACGCAUUGCUGAAAGGAGUCGUCUUCUGGGUCAAACAGUGUGUCAACUGGAAUGUCCAGGCUAAGAGAUGCAGAGUUUUUAACCCUUCUCAGAGCUGAACCCACCUGGAGUAUUAUGUUUGGUUCACCGGAACCACAUUUAAAGAGACCUACUAAUUGAUGUCAGCACAUUCAGAGGAGAGUAAUGACGGCAGAUAAAAUAUCUGAAAAUAUUUUUGCAGUACUGAUUCUGGAAAAGAGAAGAUUUGUGUGAUACAGGAAAAGAGCCUGGACUGCCCAAAUAAACCAUGUAUUCUGUAUUCCAUGUAGCUUCAAGAGUCAGAACUAGAAUUGUUUAUUCUUUCUUUCAUCGAUAAAUGCUGAUCCAAGUACAUGAGAACCUACUUUGUGCCUUAUACCAUCGGAAGCACUGGAUGGAAGUUAUGGGAACUUUAGUUUCAGUAUGAGAAAGAGCAAUUGGAGCUCUGGAGAAGCUCCCUGUUACCAAUACUUCAGACAGAACCGGGCUGACUACAUGUUAGAGACACGCUGUAGAAGGGACAGCUAAAUCAAAUGCUCGAAGGAUCCAGUGGACCUCAGAAGUUCUGCUCGUGUUUUAUGUAGAUAUGGGGUAAAUUUUUAUGCCUUCAAAGAUGAAAACUUCUACAAUAGUUCAAUCUCAUCCAUUUACUUUGAAAACUAAAACAGAAUCAAAGGGAUUCAAAGUUGCUCAAAGCCAAGAACUCCUCAAUGGUAGUGACUGCCAUCAAAAAGCCAUCUGACUUGACUCAGUGUAUGAUGCCAAAGAUUUUUCCAACAGUGAAAAAAGUAUCAAGUUCCACAAGCAACAAACUCUUCACUUCAAAUUAAAAUAUUAGAUGCCAAAUAAUUCCAUUUCUUCUAUAAGAAGUAAAAUCUAAGAACUUGAUCAUGAAAAUAUACAAAUUUACAAAAAGAAGAGGAAAAAAUGAAGUUUGGAUUCUGUUCUGUGGAAUUCCAUUCAUUGGUAGUUUAGAAAAGAAUCUGUGUCUCUUUCAUAUAUUUUGAUAAUCUAGUCCCUUGAAAAAGUUACACAUUUAUGGAAAGGUUAGGAUAGCAACAUUAAAUUGUGCCUUUUGCCAAAAUCCAAAUGUUAUGAAGUGCCUAUCUUUAUGUGUAAAAGUUGUUAAUAAAUAAAUCUAACAUGUUAAGUGACCUUAACAUUCAUAUUGGAUCUUUCAUGUACUUAAAAUUUGCACUGAGGAAAUAUUGGGAAGAGAUGAGUCAUUUUUUGUAUCACUUUGCAAGUAAAUCUAAAAUGUUUGUGCCAACACCGUCAUCAUAAUUCAGUGAAAUCCCCAAACAAUAAUGUGAAUUUUGCUGAAUAAAACAAAAAAAUAUCCUAAGGUAUAAACUAUAGUUCCGUUCUUAUAGCUAGGAAAUUUAGUAGCUAAUACAAGUAGCAUAUUUUACUUACAAAUACACUAAUCUGAUGGAAAUACAAUUUGACUGCCAGUGAGAUCUAAAAGCUAGAUUUGUUCUGAGUGACUUGCUUGGUUUCCAGAUACUGAUCAUUUUCUUUACUUAUGAAGAUGCAGUACAUUCAAGAGUUCCAGCCUAUUCUAGUGACUGUGAUUUUAGCACAAAUGUAACAGUACAUAGGCUUUAAUUUAUCUUUCUUAUGCAAGUGUGAUUAGACCAAUCCACACUGCAACUGUGCAGCUCAAAGUGCCAGGGUCCCUGUGACUUUCAGAAUUUUGGUUGUAAUGUGCCACAUAUUUCUUAAGAAAAACAGAGAGGAAAAGACCCAUGGAAAUUGAAUUCUCAUCAUCUUCACCAUCGAUAAACAUUUAUCACAUACCUCUUAUGUUCUGCAAACAUUACCCACAGAGGAGCCAUUUCAGUUCAUACCAUCUCUCUUCUUUGGGCUGUUUUAAGGUCUCCUGGAAGAUAUAUCACAAAUCCAUAGACCAACAAUAGAUGACCACUUUUAUUAUUUGUAUUUAGUAUCACAAUAGCAUAAAUGUGCACAUUGCCAGUACACAUUUUUGGAGUUCACUAAUUAUUUUCAUAGAUGCUACAUCUUGGGGAGAAAUAGUAUAUGAUGUGAAAUCUUUAAUCUAUGGUUAUUUAAAAGCCAAUGUAUUUGCUGAGGCCAGAAUGUUUACAAUAAGCAAUAAAAGGAAAGAACCCAUUUUAGCAAGGACUAUUAUUUUAAUCGUCUUGUGUCCAUUUUAUUUCCCCCCCUUCCUGCUGACUCAGCCUCAUUCUUCUGCACAGGAAAGCGGAACUGGACUCAGAUCACCUUUAUUUUGAAUCCUGUCUCCUGCCUGUAUGAUGUGAGACAGGCCACUUCAUCUCUCUAAAAUUCAACUUUCUCCUCUGGAAAAUGUGAAUCACAUAAUGGGCUUCAUCGGGUUUUGUGAAAACUGGGUGGAUAGUGCAAAAUGCUAAGUAUGGUCUUGGCACAUACAAAAUGUUCUAUAAAUAUGAGUCAGGAAAUAAAUUCACAAAAGAAUAACAUAAGGAUGACAGCCUCUGGAUCUGUGCUAGCCAACACAUUAGCCACCAGCUACAUAUGGUUAUUUAAAUGUAAAUGAAUUAAAAUUAAACUAAAUGACACAUUCAGUUCCUCAGUCUCAGUGGCCGCAUUUCAAAUGCUCCACAGAAGCCUCAUGUCACUGGUGGCUACUUCACUGGACAGUGCUGCCCUAAAAACACUCUCUAGGCAACACGCAGUGAGGUAGCAGGGAGGAGCUGAAGAACAAGCCUCUCCCGUCAUCUUGUCCAGGAGUGGACUUUGUCUGUCACAAAUACCUGUGUCUGUCACAAACACCUGUGAAGAGGCCACUGCUCUGGAAGCAAGCCUGUGGCCCUAGGAGCAGUGAGAAGCCCACUCUGGGCUAGGGGUGGGAAAGCUAUUAACAAAAGCUAAUGAGCUAAAGGCCUGAAUCUAGAUGAGAGACCCUGGACCUGGCCCUGGAGCUGGUGAGACAGAACCACAGCCUAUCUUCAGUGUCCAAUCAGUCCUGCAGCUGCCCUGCUCAGCUCCGGACGCCAUGACAGGAGUGCCCAGGGCCACCCGUGUCUCCCUAAAGUGUGGGGCAGUGGUGCAUUCUUCUAUUAUCUCAUAAUCUCGUUGCCACCAUCAGAUGAAAGCUCCACUCUCUGCUCAUCCACCCUACUCCUGACGUGGUUAGCCAGACCCAUUUGGCCAGUUGGGGCUGUAAUCCAACCCACAUCACACUGUUGUGAGCCCAGCAAAUGGUGGAGCUCUCGGUGCUGUUUUAUUUUUAACUUAACAAAAACAACCUAAUGCCAGAAUGGCAGAGUCAUGUGAUCAUCCCACUAAUCACCAGAGAGGCUAAGGACUACCAGAAUCUUAAGCAGAACGUGGUAGAAAUUUGCACUUUUAAUUUUUUGCAUCUCAGGCCAAGCUGCAAGCCAUAUAACUGAACUGUUCAGUGCUCUGCUGGCCCAACCCCACUGUGCGAUAUUGUUCAGUGCAAACUGUGGCUGGGCUUCCGGAAAGGAAAAGUGACAGAACUAGCAUCAGAAAGGUCUCACAGGCGGUCCUCACUGCCACCCUAGUCCCAACCCUGCCCUCGCCUCUUACGACUCACUAAAUGCAGAGGAAAGAAGCAAGACUUCUAAAUAGGAGGGACGUUGGUUUCUCUCUUAUUUCUGUCACCUUCUCACUAUGCAUUUGGAGCCAACUAAUUGCACUUGUGUAAUCUCAGUCUAUCCAAAAUACGUGAACCUGGCCAGGUUGUCCCAAUGACUGGACACAGUAUGUGUAAGAACACUUGUCAUAAAAAUUCUCUCUGGGUUGGUGACUCUGACAGACAGAAAUGUAUGUACUAUUUCCUUUCCAAACUUUGUGCCCCAUUCCCAAGCCCUACCCUUUCUUUAUUUAAGCAGCUGUAAUAGCUAUCCAUUGCUGUGUAACAAAUUACCUGAAAACUUAGUGGCUAGAGACAAUGACAUUUGUUGUCUCAUUAUUUUUAUAGAAACUAGCAUCUACGUUUGGCUUAGCUGAGUCCUCCGGCUCUGGGACUUUCAUAGGCUGCAGUCAUGUCAGUGUGCCGCUGAGACAAAAUCUGCUCUCAAGCUCACUCACGUGCAUGGUCAUUGAUGGUAUUCUGUUCUUUGCAGGUUUUAGACCAAGGGCCUCAUUUAUUCCCUGGCUCCUGACCAAAGACCACCCUCAGUUUCUUACUUUAUGGACCUCUCUGUAGGGCAACUUCAAAUAUGUCAGCUUGCUUCCCAAGAGCAAGCAAGCAAACAGAGCAUAGAGUGAGAGAGUGCUUCAGCAAAAUCUAAGGCUAGCAAGAGGGGAGGCACUUCUGCUAUGUUCUAUUCCUUCGAAUCAGGUCACUAGGUCCAAUUUUCACAGAAUAGGUGGGGGUUACCCCAGUGCUCAAGUACCAGAAGGGGAGAGUGUUAAGAACCAUCUUAGCAGCCCUGGCUGGCGUAGCUCAGUGGAUUGAGCGCGGGCCUGCGAACCAGAGUGUCGAGGUUCGAUUCCCAGUCAGGGCACAUGCCUGGGUUGCAGGCCAGUUCCCAGCAGGGGACUCACAAGAGGCAACCACACAUUGAUGUUUCUCUCCCACUCUUUCUCCUUCCCUUCCCCUCUCUCGAAAAAUAAAUAAAAUAUUUUUUAAAAAAAGAAAGUUUAAAAAAAAAAAGAACCAUCUUAGCAGUUGGCCUACUAUCACAGGAAAACUUCCUCUCAUUCUCCUGACGUCCAUCAUUGGAGUUGAGGCAGUCUCCCCUCUAAUAGGGGUGUACCAACUGAACAGCUGAGAGAAUCCAAGGACCAGGCUGGGCUGUGAUCAAAUUGCUUCUGGUGCACUGACGAGUAGCAUGGAGCCAGCAGCUUUCACUGGGCCGUGCUGGCUGAGCCUCAUUCCUAAGAAACACUAAGAUGACACAGAGCCUUUGUGUUGCUCAUGAACUUUAUUUCUGAGCUGCCCUAAAGCAUUUUGGCAGAGAACAGAGUAUACCACACACCUUAUAAGCAAGUUUUAACAUAGUCCUGGUUCAUUCCAAGAUAUUUAAUCUUCAAGAAAAGAAUUUCAAAACAAGUUUCCAGAGGAGUGUUCAGUGGAUCAAGUUGCUACCUCACCUCACCCAGAAUACCUUCACUAAAAAGGGAAAACGGAUCCAAGGCUGUGUUUGGAACUGCAGAAACACGCUGGGAAUGUUUGCCUUCUCUGGGUACAUUAAGCAUAAUUGGUCUUUAAAACGUUGUUCAGAGCCAGACUCCUUGAUUCCUAUUUCUCUGCUCCAUUCCCCUUCUCUAACCCAGUCAGGAAGGCAUCUUGAGUGAGUUCCUCCUGCCAUUGCGUGGUGCAAAGAGGAGGCAGGGGAAUUGUUUUCUGAUCACAUCUGGCCGUGGGCGAUAAGUGAAUAAGGGUUCUCAUACUGUUUCCAUCACCUGAAAGAUGGAUCACUUAAAUUUUUUCUUAUGAAAAUCCAAAGAAAACCAAGUGAUCUGAUUUUCCCAUUUUUGUAUCUUAUUGUAAGUUAGUGUCUUCAUUACUGCACAUCUUGCAUAUUAUCUUCUUCUUGGUCUGGGAACACCUUGGAAGCCGUUCGGUCGUUGGAUUCCUUCUGCUUGGCCUGUGCAAAUACAUCUGGAGGCACCGCCACCUGCGCACACAAGGCAAACCUCUUGAUCUGCUGGCCUGGGAUAGGCCUCUUGCUUCUUCUGUAGCCUAAGGGCUUAGACUCUGAGGAGAGGUCUGACUGUUUUUUCAGGUCAGAAUCUGCUGAUUCUGGGGAGACGGGAGGUAUAAGAGGACUAAAUAGUAAUGAAAAAAUACAAUAAAGAUGAAAUUCUAAAAACAUUGAA